AAGAAAUACGAGAAAUGGUAGACAAUGACUUGGGAUUUCAGCAAACUCCUCUCAUGUGCUACUCUAGAACUAAAACUCUUCUUUUUAUUUCUAAUGACAAAAAAGUCAUUGGCUGCUUAAUUGCAGAACAUAUCCAGUGGGGCUACAGAGUUAUAGAAGAGAAGGUUCCAGAAGUCAGUUCAGAAAAUGAGAAAGUGAUAUUUGAGAGACAGAAAGCAUGGUGCUGUUCAACUUCUCCAGAACCUGCUAUCUGUGGGAUCAGUCGGAUCUGGGUGUUCAGCAUGAUGCGCCGGAAGAAGAUCGCUUCUCGGAUGAUUGAAUGUCUUAGGAGCAACUUCAUAUAUGGCUCAUACUUAAGCAAGGAGGAAAUUGCUUUCUCUGACCCCACUCCUGAUGGGAAGCUCUUUGCAACACAGUACUGUGGCACUGGCCAGUUCCUGGUAUACAACUUCCUCAAUGGACAGCACCAGACUUAACUGCUCUGCAGGAAUUCCAUUUUUAUUGGAGACUUCUGCCAAACUGCAUCGAGUGGGUGCAGACCUUCAGCAGAAGCCAGGGCCAUUUUUAUUACAGUGAACUCAGGACUGGUAACAACCAAACGGUUGUACUAUUUUGUUAAAAUUGUAAACAAUGCAGUAAUAGGCUAACUUUGUUUUUUUAAAAGAAAGAUAUUUUAUUAACUUUUACAGAAGUUUGAUUGUAUUUUAUCUAGGUAGUCAUGUUUACAUGCAGCAGAAAAUUGUUCAUAGUGGACUGUAAACUAAUGCAAAGACUCUAGUCUGGCUGACGAGUACAUGCUGAAGUUCUUACUAAGGUGGUAUACCAGUGCUUCCCAGUACUGGAGUGCUGGGCUCCUGCCCCAGCUCCCACUGCCAGUACGUGUCUGGCAGAGUUCCAGGCUGUGCCCAGUGGCAUCGAGGCAGGAGCAUUAUAGUGCAGUUGCUGUGGGCAACAACCCUCACAGGCUGUAUGGUGCCUUCUGGGGUGCCCCUGUACCCUGCUCCUUGUCAGGGUGCCUGCUCCCUGGCAGCAGCAUCGGAAUCUUGUUGUGGCCCCGUCCCCUUCUCCCCCAGAUUAGUUUUGGAGUAAAAGGUGGAAUGAAAAGCCCAAGGACUGGUGUACUCGUCAUUCUUCAAGUAUUGUACUGAGUAUAUACCUUUGUUAGUGGACUUCACUUUGAUACUUGUCGCUCCUUCAUAAAUCUCUCCUCUUUCAAAGGGUUUGUAUGUUGAAAAACUGCUGUGGCCUUUCUUGAUCUGUACAUAAUGUAGAUACAUUAAAAAUAAAAUACUUGAUAGCUUUUUUAAAGUUA